CAUGAUCUCUGGCAUUCUGGAUCACUGUGCUCAUACAAUCCCUCCCUGGUCCUCUUGCUCAGGGGCCACAGCCUCCAAAACAGCACACUGCGUAGCUACAGAAAACACUGGUUUGAGCAAUGAGAGGUGGAUGUGAGAUGUGACAAACUGCCACCACUGUUUUUCCGUCAGUUGGAACUGAGAACGGCUCUACUUACAGCAGUCGAUGCGGCCUGCCACUGCCUCGCCUCCGGCUGACCUCCCAGCAUGUCUCGCGUCUCCUCCACGGCUAAGCGCUAUGCCGGCUCUUCCUAUACGAGCCACUAUAGCUCAUACAGCUCCUCCUUGACCCCUUCGCUGAGCUCCUUUGAUCGGGACAAGCUGCCCUACAAAACCUCCUCCUCAUCUGGCUACUCCUCCUCCAGCUACCUGAGCUCCAGCACCAGCCGCGUCCGGAACUACAGUGCCUCGUCCGAGCCCGACCGUGGUCGGCCUGUCCCCCGCAGCACCGACCUGCUGACUGGCCGGCGCAGCGAGAGCCUGAGCCGCACGCCCGUCAAGGGCUAUGGCUCAGGCCUCAACGGGGGCUCAGGCUACUCGGGGUAUGGCUACUCGUCGGCCCAGUCCAGCUACCUCUCGGCCUCGCCCUCCAGCAUCUCCUCUUCCAGUGUCUCCCUUAGCCGCCGCAAGUCAGUAAGCCAGAGUGACCUGACAAGGGACCUGUCCUCACUGGGCCUGAGUGAGGCCUCCAGCAGCAGCUCCAGCCUGAAGCAGGCCUACAGGAGCCAAGCCAGUGACAGCACUGAGUCCUACAGCAGCAGUAGCAGCUCGCGCUCUGGAUAUGGCCUAUCACGAAGCUCCACGCAGGAGGCCCUGAGCAGCACCAGCAGCAGGCGCUUCUCCACCUCCAAUGGCCGCUCCACCUCACCGGUCAGGGAUUCACUGAACUCCAAGAGUGCCCAAGGCCUGGUGGGUCUGAAGAAUUUGGGAAAUACAUGCUUUAUGAACUCCAUCCUUCAGUGUCUUAGCAACACACACAGCCUGCGAGACUACUGUCUGCACAACUCCCACCGCCGAGACCUCAACAACAACAAUCGCACAAAUACUGCACUCAUGGAGGAAUUUGCCAAGCUCAUUCAGACAAUGUGGACGUCGUCCGGCAGUGAAGCGGUCAGCCCUUCUGAGUUCAAAACCCAGAUCCAGCGAUAUGCCCCGAGAUUUGUGGGCUACAACCAACAGGACGCUCAGGAGUUUUUGCGCUUCCUGCUGGACGGCCUGCACAACGAGGUGAACAGGGUUACAGUCCGGCCACGGGCAAUCACAGAGGACUUUGACCAUUUGCCUGAUGAAGAGAAAGGGAAGAAGAUGUGGAGCAAGUACUUGGAAAGGGAGGACAGUAAAAUUGUAGACUUGUUUGUAGGGCAGCUGAAGAGCUCUUUGACGUGCACUGAAUGUGGCUACUGUUCCACUGUGUUUGAUCCAUUCUGGGAUCUUUCCUUACCAAUCGCCAAGAAGGGCUACGGAGAGGUCAGUCUGAUGGACUGCAUGCGGCUUUUCACUAAAGAAGAUGUGCUGGAUGGAGAUGAGAAACCGACAUGUUACAGAUGUAAAGCCAGAAGAAGAUGUACUAAGAAGUUCACAAUUCAGAGAUUCCCCAAAAUCCUAGUGCUACAUCUGAAGCGGUUUUCAGAAGCUCGUGUCAGAUCCAGCAAGCUGUCCACUUUUGUCAACUUCCCUAUGAAGGACCUGGACCUCAGGGAGUUUGCCUCCGACAGAAGCAGUAGUGCAGUCUACAAUCUGUAUGCAGUGUCCAAUCACUCAGGCACUACCAUGGGGGGACAUUACACAGCAUACUGCUGCAACCCUGCCACCGGAGAAUGGUACACAUAUAAUGACUCCAGAGUAACGCCAAUGUCCUCCAGUCAGGUGCGCAGCAGCGACGCCUAUGUGCUGUUUUAUGAGCGAGCUGGCCUGUGAGGGCAUGUGGGCUACAAGCGAAGGAGAGGGCAGGACCCAGGCCCCUAGGGCUCCAUCACACACUCCCUCACACACUGCUUGUUCUCCUGACUGACAGAUAAAGAGACUGUCGCCUUCUGCUGGACACCUAGGAGAAAUACAUGUAAUAUCAUCAAGUGUUGUACUCUAUUCUUCUGUGUCCAGUUCAUUUUCAUUGGGGGAGCAGAAGGUGUGUCCUGAUGCCUCUGCGUAUGCGUGAGUGACUGUGUGUAUCUGUGUGUGUGUGUGUGUGUGUGUGUGUGUGUGUGUGUGUGUGUGUAAACGUCUGAGGGCAGCUCCUGGGGAGACACUGUCAGGCAAUAAACCCCUCUUGGCUCUGUCUCAGAAGUCUAUUGCUAUGCACUGCAACAGAUAUUGUCCCAACUGCGCCUUCUUCUUGUUCAGGAUCGCCUCAGUAUAAAGACUUGUUUCAAGUUGUUAUGAUUUUUUUUCCUUGUCAAUUUUAUCAUUUUCAUUUGUAUUCCCGACCCUUUGGGAAUAGAACUGGUAAGAGGCUCCCCCUGCUGGGGCAUCAGAAGAACAACAGGAUUACAACUUUGAGGCCACUCUUGCCCUUGUGUUACCACCCUAAGCUCUUCACCUCCCACACUUUGUUGUUUUUGUGAUUCUUUUCACCUGUCAGUCUCUCAUGAUCGGUCUCGUACCUCCAGAGGGAUGGAAAGGAGCAAAAAGUCUGUAGAAAGGUCUGCCGAAGUCGAAAGGAUGCCCGUGUGGCUGUGGCGUGUUUUUAUUCAGUUUGGCUGCUACUGAUCUCUGAUACUUAAAUGCUGUGAAUGAAAGGACAGUCCUGUUCAGAUGACUAUAAUUAAUGAAAUAGUCCUGACCAUGCGGAUUGGUUUAUCCUUGAUUUCAUGCCAUUGAACAACAUGGGAAGAAUGUUUUGAAAAAAAAAAAAAACACUAUAUCUGUAUAUUUUUAUAUAUGAUGCAAUAUAGAGAAUGUACUAUACAGUGGUGCUGAAAAUGACCUGUUACUGUUUUCAGUUAAAUUAACAGGAAAAGAAUGGAUACUAUUUAUGCUUACAGGUGAUAAAAUGAGAUGAGUCACUUUUUAACAGUGGCAGAUGAAGUAUGUGCGAAAUAAUAAAUUUUAGACAAACAACCA